CUAGUUCACUGCAGUCAGUGUAGCAGUAAGUCGGUGGAGUGAGUGCUGAGUCGCGUUCAGUAACUGUCCGAACGUACGGUUAGCCGCGCGCGAUUUUAAACCGCUCUGAGUUUUGUGCUCCCGCAGCUUGAUCUGAAGGUUUUAUUUCGGUUCGUACGCUCCCUGAUGGCAUAGUGUGGUGUGUGGCUUUGCAGGCGGAAUGAAAUUAGCAUAUUGAAUCGAAGAUCGCCGAAUUGAAAAGCAAGAAAAGAAAUACAAAAGCCCCGUGAAAUAGUGCGCGAUGUGAUGUUGAAAAUGUUUCCCCCAUCAUCGAAGUGAAGAGUGUGAAUAAAUUUUGAAGAAAUAUCCGUUCGAAGGAGACAAAUCAAAGGUAGCGACACCCACACCGAAGUUACCCACGUACCUACAGCAAAAAAAAAAGAACGUUGUGGAUCGAGAGUAUCGAGAUCGACGACGACAACGCCGCCGACGCAGAGUGUGCGCACCUUUCGAGCUACUAGCAAUCUACCCACCGCCGUUCACCGCCGCCGCUAGAUCUUAGUAGUGAAUAUACGUAUGCAAAACAGUAGAACGGUGGAACAACGUUGGAUACCGCUGCUACGGAUGAAAUUAUAAAAUUGGACCACGAAGGAGAUUCACAUACGAAAUUCUUCGAUAGCUCGGAAGACACACGAUCCGGCCGCAACAAAAAGUAAACCAUCAAACAACCAAGCAAUACAACAGAAGAAACAGCAACUUAUAGCAAAGUGGUGCUCGCACGGUCACAAUCAUACAUACACAUACUCACGAGGCGGCGCACCAUCUUAUCAGAGAAGGGAAAACAACGGAACUCUAGAAACAACAGCAAAAAGCAACGAAACUUUUUCCCUGCCACCACCGCAAGUUCGACAUCAACUUUUCACACCGUGUCCGUCGUGUCGUGCCACUCGAUUGCAGCGUGUCGAUAAAUUUAUUAUCCUUUUACCAAGUGUCACUCACGAACGGUCGCCGUCUGCCGUUGUCAGCAGCAGCAGCAGCAUCAAAGGACCAUGUCGGCGCUGUCGUUACGAAUCAGCCUGGAGGGUGGUCGAGUCACAAAGACCAUCCAGUUCGACCCCAACACGACCGUGUUCGAUGCCUGCCGCAUCAUCAAGGACAAAUUCGCCGAAGCGGUGCAGGGACAGGCACAGGAAUUUGGCCUCUUUCUGGCGGAUGAGGACACCCGGCAGGGCGUUUGGCUGGAACCGGCGCGGAAUUUGGGGUACUAUCUGUUGAGGAAUCACGAUGUUCUGGAGUAUCGGAGGAAGCACCGGAACCUGCGGGUUCGGAUGCUGGACGGUGCCCUCAAGACGAUUCUGGUUGACGAUUCCCAGCCCGUUUCGCAGCUUAUGGUGGUCAUUUGUACCAAGAUCGGUAUUACCAAUCACGAAGAGUAUGGAUUGGUUCGCGAAGAUCCAGAGUCACAGAACGAAAACCUCCCGGAUAACAAGUCCAACAUGGGUACACUGACCCUGCGCCGGAAGGUCGCCGAACGAGAACGUGACGCCAAGAUGGAGAGCUUGAGAAAGAAACUGCGAACGGAUGACGAGAUCCAUUGGGUCGACGUUGGCAAGACCCUCCGCGAGCAAGGAAUCGACGAAUCGGAAACGGUCCUGUUGAGGCGGAAGUUCUUCUACUCGGAUCAGAACAUCGAUUCGCGGGAUCCGGUGCAACUGAAUCUGCUCUACGUGCAGGCCAGGGAUGCCAUCCUGGAUGGCACCCAUCCGGUUACACAGGAGAAGGCCUGCGAAUUCGCGGGGAUUCAGGUGCAGAUCCAGUUCGGCGAUCACAACGAGUCCAAGCACAAACCGGGAUUCUUGGACCUCCGCGAAUUCCUGCCCGGCUCGUACGCCCGCGUCAAGAACAUCGAGAAAAAGGUUUUCGCCGAACAUCGCAAACACCAAGGCCUCUCCGAUCUGGACGCCAAGUAUCUCUACACCAAAACGGCUCGCGAGCUCCCCACCUAUGGCGUUACGUUCUUCCUGGUAAAGGAGAAAAUGACCGGUAAGAACAAGCUGGUCCCGCGGCUGCUCGGCGUGACCAAGAGUUCCGUCCUGCGACUGGAUGAAACCACGAAGGAAAUCCUGAAAACGUGGCCACUGACCACGGUUCGUCGGUGGGGAGCUUCACCGAACACGUUCACGCUGGAUUUUGGCGAUUACGCCGAUCAGUACUACUCGGUGCAGACUACGGAAGCCGAGCAGAUUGUGCAGCUGAUCGCCGGGUAUAUCGAUAUCAUCCUGAAGAAGAAACAGGCCAAGGAGCACUUUGGGAUCGAAGGUGACGAGGGGUCGACCAUGGUGGAGGAGAGCGUGGCACCGUCAAAGGCCACCUUCUUGCAACAUGAAGAAACGACCCCAUCCGGCAAGGUGGAAACCCAGUCGAUUGCCAAACCAGCCAUCAUGCGAGGAUACGACGGCGAACGUCCGUAUGGCACUGGGGAGAUGCAAUCGAUGCAGUACGGGGCAAUCGUCGGGCAGGUCAAUCUGGCCCAUCAACCGCCCAUGUUGCAACAAACCCGUAUCAGCACGGUUCUCUCGGAACCUCAACGAGCCCUCGUCGGAUACAUUUCGGCCGGACAGGAUGCCAUCAACAAAGCCGAAAAGGAUCUGGAAAGCAAGGCGCAACUGCCUCCGCUGGGAACCGACCCGGGAUCUCUCCAAUGGCGCGAAGAAACGCUGGACACCUCCAAGCAGACCGUCACCACUCAUCUGGCGACGAUGAACGCCGCCACGGCCCAAGUCGUAACGGCCUCGCAGCCGGACGAAAUCGAUCAUGACGCCGUGGGCGCUGCCGUGUCGCAGAUCACCCAGAGCAUCCCGGAGGUCACCAAGGAAGUUCGGCUGAUCGCCGCUCUGAUGGACGACGACUGCACUGGCGAUAAGCUGCUGGAAGCCACCAGGAAGCUCUGCUCGGCAUUUAGUGACUUACUGAAAUCGGCCGAACCGGAGAGCAAGGAGCCACGGCAGAACUUGCUGAAUGCUGCUAGCCGAGUCGGUGAAGCAAGUGGACAAGUCCUCAGCAGCAUGGGCGAAGAGAGCAUGGAAAGCCGUGAGUUGCACGAUAUGCUGCUUGGACUGGCGAAGGCCGUGGCCAACACUACGGCCGCUUUGGUUCUGAAGGCCAAGUCGAUUGCUGCCGUUACGGAGGAUGAAGCUACACGAAAUAGAGUAAUCGCCGCAGCAAGUCAAUGCGCGUUGGCCACCAGUCAGCUGGUUGCGUGUGCCCGUGUCGUUGCACCAACGAUCCAGAGUCCAGCCUGCCGUGAGCAGCUGGAAGCCGCCGCCCGUGAAGUUGCCAAAGCUGUUGCACAUCUCGUUGAAGUAUGCAACGAAGCUACCGAUAACCAGCAGCUGCGUGGCGACCUCAUGAACGCCGCUAAGGACGUAUCGAAGACCCUAGCCGAGCUCCUCGAACACAUCAAGCUCAGUUCCCGCGAAAAGGCUCGACGCGUCGAUGACAAUCCAGUAGAGGAAGUCUUGGUUGCCACGGAUAUACUCGUUUCAGCCUCAGACCCGCAGGAGAUGAUCCGUCAAGCUCAGCAGCUAGGCAAGGCUACGGCUCAACUGAUCCAGAGCAUCAAGGGUGAAGCUGAGCGCCAAGAAGAUUCGAACCUUCAACGUAAACUCUUGGAAGCAGCCAAACAACUCGCCGAUGCUACCGCCAGAAUGGUGGAAGCUGCUCGACUUUGCGCUGGCAAUCCGCACGACUCCGGUCACCAGGAAUCCCUCCGUAUCGCAGCAGAAGAACUACGCGUGAUCACCACCACCACAGCCAACACCCCAGAGAUCAAACGCAGACUCAUCAACCGCCUUGAGCAAUGUUCCAAGCAAGCAGCGGCAGCUGCUACUCAAUGCAUCACCGCUGCUCAAAAUGCCCUGAUGCACAGCAACGAUGUCCAAACGAAGGAGAUCCUUCUUCAAGACUUCCAAACUGUUGCGGAUCAAAUUCCACGUCUGGUAGCUGGAGUCAAGAACACCCUCUCUCGUCCUGACGAUCCGAACGCACAACUCGGCCUGAUCGAUGCCGCUGAAAUGUUCUUGGAACCAGGAGCACAGGUAGCUCAAUCGGCCCGUGACCUUCAACCGACCGUAAUGGACCAGGCCGCAUCACAGCAACUAUCCCGCUCUGCCCAGAACCUCAGCCACGCCAUCAUUGACCUCCGAUCGGCUGCUCACCGUGCCAGAGAAGCUUGCGGAGGAAACGAGCUGGAUGCUGCCCUGCAAGCUGUCCGCAACUUACGGAAUGUUCUGGAUGACACUCGUCGCGCAGGACAAGAAGGCAACUUGAGACCCCUUCCUGGUGAGACAGCCGACAGUUGCUUCAAGCAGCUUGCCGCCGCCAGCAAUAACGUUGAUUCCUCCCUAUACCAACUCAUGUCCGCUGUUCAGCAGAGUAACCGAACCUACGCGGGAGUAGCCGGAAGAGACGCCGCACUCGCUCUUGGAGAAUACACCAAGAGUGUCCGUGGAGUGGUGGCGACAACUAAGAACCCGGCAGUUGUCGACUGUGCCGAUCAGGUGAUUCUGGAUUCGAUCCUGGUGAUCGAAGAAGCUCAGAAAACGCUGCAAAACCUUGGCAAUCAAGACCAGCUGGUCCAUGCAAUCAAGCGAACCAAGGGCUCGUUGGGCCGAACCAUCGACUGCUUCCCAGGUGUGAAGGACAUCAACGAAGCCUACGAAAACAUGGCUGACCUGCGAGCCAUCCUGGAUACGGGUGAGUUCCCACCUUCCACUCGCGCCUACGGUCAGUUGCAGAAUGAACUGAAGAGCGCCGCUGAUACCUUGAACACCGCCGGUGGUCAAGUCGCACACUCUUACGAUAGUUCCAUCAAACUGGCCAACACUAGCCAGGACUUCUACCACGCGUACAAAGAACUGAUGACCGUCACACUGGAAAUGGCUGGACAAACUGUCGAGGACAGAGCUCGCGAAGAGAUCGUGAACUCUUUGCGGGGAGUUUCCAACCAGUCAGCGACGCUCCUAGGAACAGCCAAGUUCGUUGCAGGAGAUCCGGACAGGCCUAACGCAAAGAACGAACUGUCUUCGGCAGCUCGUAUGGUGACGGAGAGCAUCAACCGCUUGGUGGAUGUGUGCACGCAGGCAGCUCCCGGACAGAAGGAGUGCGACAGCGCUAUUCGUAGCAUCGAAUCGCUGAGACCUCUGCUGGAAUCCGCACAAGAGCCGUUAACCGAUCAAGGAUACUUUGACUGCUUGGAUACCGUCAUGGAGAAGUCCCGUACCCUGGGAGAUGGAAUGACCGGAAUCGCCAACAAUGCCAAGCUGUCGAAACACGUCGAGUUUGGACACUCGGUUGAUUCCGUAUCUGACUCGAUUCGUGGGCUGAUUGAAUCCGCUGCUCAAGCUGCUUACCUGGUGGGUAUUUCCAACCCUACAAGUGUUGGUGGGCGUCCUGGAUUGGUGGAUCAGGCGCAGUUCGCUCGAGCUUCGCAAGCAAUUCGUCAAAGCUGCGAAGUUCUAAGGGGACCGACGAGUUCUCAGCAGCAAGUCCUGUCGGCAGCCACCAUCAUCGCGAAGCACACCUCCGCCUUGUGCAACGCUUGUCGUAAUGCAAGCUCAACGACCACCAAUCCGGUUGCCAAGCGUCAUUUCGUCCAGGCAGCGAAGGAAGUUGCCAACUCGACGGCUGAUUUGGUUCGGGAGAUCAAGGCUUUGGACAAAGACUACAGUCCGGUAUCGCGAGCUCGUUGCGCCGGGGCUACCGAGCCUCUGUUGGAAGCGGUGUCAUCGUUGUGUCAGUUUGCAAACUCUCCGGAAUUCAUCUCGAUUCCGGCUCGGAUUUCCACGGAGGGAAGAAAGGCACAGGAGCCGAUUCUACAUGCAGGUCGAGGAAUCUUGGAUGGAGCAGUCGAUAUGGUGAAGACAGCCAAGGUAUUGGCAAUGACUCCGACGGAUCCUCCGGUGUGGCAACAAUUGGCCAUUCAUAGCCGCAACGUAUCCGAAAGCAUCAAGAAACUGGCCUCCAGUAUUCGGGAGAAAGCCCCUGGACAGUUGCAAUGCGAUCAAGUGCUUGAGAUGUUGAAGUCCUGUUCGAGAGAUCUUAACUCCGCCGCCUUAGCCGUGGGUGUUGACGGACUUCCUCAACGCAAGGAGAAUAACUUGCAAGGAUUUACCAAUCAGUCUUUGAAUGCAGCCUCGGAAUUGAUCGAUCGCUUGGAACCGGUCAAAUCCUCUGCGAAGAAGAAUGCCGAGAGUUUGGGUCAUGCUGUGAAUCAAAUCGCCAAGCACAUUAUUCCGUUGACCAAUGGAGUCAUCGGCGCUUGUUCGCAUGUGGUUCACUCUGGCCAGCAAACGGUGCUUAUCGAUCAGGUUAAGUCAGUUGUGGAAUGCUGCUCGCAGUUAGUGCAGGUUGCGAAGAGCGCCGGAGGAAACCCUCGUGCUUCACAUCUCCAUCCGGAGUUGGAUGAGGCUGUUGAAUCUACACGUGAAGCUAUCCAGGAGCUCAACGCUACGGUUGAACGUUUGUCCACGGAGAAUGGAGUUGUGACUGGAUUGAUGGAACAGAUCUCUCGUUCCAUGGCCCGCAUUACCGACAAACGCCAAUCGUUCUUGGGUACAUCCAUCAACGACACCUUCGUAGACUACCAGACUCGUAUGGUGCAGUCGGCUAAGGAAAUCGCUCGCUAUGCAAACGAGAUCAACGCCAAGGCAGCGAUCGACCCUUCGAAGUUGGCACAACUUUCCGUUGAAAUGACCCACCACUACAGUCAGCUGGCUCAGGAUUCGAUCGGAGCGUCGGCUUUGACCACGUCUCCAGAUGUAGCGAUCCGCAUUCGUCAGACAGUCACCGAUCUGGGACGUUCGGUGAACGUGCUGAUCCAGUCGACGGCCGGUAUCCGCAAGGACGACAGCUCUGGAUUGGUGGAAAUCUCUCGCGGUGCUCGGGACGUUUCGGAAAAAGUUUCGCAGGUUCUGGCAGCGCUACAGGCUGGUUCCCGUGGAACCCAGGCCUGCAUCAAUGCUUCCAGCACCGUGUCGGCCAUCAUCAGCGAUCUGGAUACGACCAUCAUGUUUGCUACGGCCGGAACUCUGCACUCCGAGGAGGAGGGCAAGUUCUCCGAUCAUCGUGAGCAUAUUCUGAAGACCGCUAAGGCCUUGGUCGAGGACACCAAGAUCUUGGUGGCUGGGGCUGCCGGAACGCAGGAUCAGCUCGCGGCCGCUGCACAGAACGCUGUCACGACUAUCUUGCAACUAGCGGAAGCGGUCAAGCACGGAGCGGCCUCGCUCGGUUCCAACCAGCCGGACUCGCAAGUGAUGGUGAUGAACGCGGUGAAAGAUGUCGCUGCAGCACUCGGUGAGCUAAUAAACGCUACUAAGCUUGCAUCUGGUAAACCCAUUAACGACCCGGCUAUGAAUGAUUUGAAAGAUAGCGCUAAGGUCAUGGUGAUGAACGUCACCUCGUUGCUGAAAACUGUUAAGGCCGUCGAAGACGAGCACACGCGGGGCACCCGCGCCAUGGAAGCCACAGUCGAUGCCAUUUCGCAGGAGAUCCGCUCGAUGCAGUAUGCACCGGACAUGCACCGGGCCAGCCUGCAGCACCUAUCGAAGCCGGAGGAUUUGAUCAAUGUGACGAAACACGUGACGGCGGCCACGGCCAAAGCCGUCUCGGCUGGAGCGUCCAAUCUGCAGUCGGACAUUGCGGCGGCGGCCAAUCUGGGCCGGAAGACCAUCUCGGACAUGUUGGCCGUGUGCCGGUCGGUGGCGUGGUCCUGUGCGGAGACCCAGGAGCUGCGGCAGAGGACGCUGGAUGCUGGAACGGCCGUGGCGGUGGCUUAUAGGGAUUUGCUGGAGGGAGUGCUGCAUCGGUGUACGGCGGAUGAGAGGAUGCAUUUGUCGAGGAGGGUGGCCAAAUGUGUUACGGAUUUGGUGGGGAUGGCGCAGCUGUUGAAGGGAUCGGACUGGGUUGAUCCGGAGGAUCCAACGGUGAUUGCCGAGAACGAGCUGCUGGGAGCGGCCGCUUCGAUUGAGGCCGCCGCCAAGAAGUUGGCCAGCUUGCGGCCGAGACGACAAGCGGAAGUUAAGGAAACGGACGAGAACCUCAACUUUGACGAGAUGAUCCUUGAAGCGGCCAAAGGAAUCAUGGCUGCGUCUUCGGCUUUGGUUCGUGCCGCAAAUGCUGCCCAACGUGAGCUGGUAGACCAAGGAAAGGUGGCUCGUCGACCGCUGCAUUCCUCAGACGAUGGCCAGUGGUCCGAGGGUUUGAUUUCCGCUGCCCGACUUGUAGCUGCCGCCACGCACAGUCUGGUGGAGGCAGCGCAACAUCUGGUGCAAGGAACUGGAACCGAAGAGAUGCUGAUCUCUACGGCCAAGCAAGUCGCCAGCUCCACUGCUCAGCUGCUUAUUGCCUGUAAGGUCAAGUCGGAUCCCAACUCGGAAACCGGAAGACGCCUUCAGGCGGCAGGUAAUGCCGUCAUAAAAUCCACCGAUAAACUCGUCCAAGCUGCCCAGCAAGCCAUCGAAGGUGAAGAGGAACACACGCUGCGGUUGAACAGAAACAUGGUUGAUGGAAUGGCACAGGAGAUCAACGCCCGCUCGGAAGUCCUUAUGGCCGAACGGCAGCUUCUGGAAGCUCAGAACAAACUGGUCGCCAUUCGUCAUGCCAAGUACCGCCAGAAGCUAGCAGGAGGCUUCACCACCGAUAGCAGCGAUGAGGGUGGCAUUCAACCACCGACCUUCAGCGGAUACCAAACUCCUUCGCCAAAGCCACACACCUUGCCAAAACCCGGAACCUAUUCGCCGGCCACGCCAGCGUCCUCCACCGGAACCUUCCCUCGUCAACCGCAAUCCCAACAACAGCAACAGCAAUCCAACACUUCGACCUUCCAAAGAUCAACGCUCCUCACGGCCAACGCCGUCCCGAAGCCCUACCAAUCGGACUCGAUCAAAUCCCCAACGGCCCUCGUCUCGCCAUCUAUCAUCAACCGAACGUACGAAACGACCCGGGUAGAGAACUCCAACCUCAGUGCAAGCAAGUUCAACCGAGCGAACUUCGACGCCGCCGUGCAGGACCUCCAGAACAAGGUCCAACCGAUGAGUACCUUCCGGGCAUCUCCAAGCCAUCAACAGCAGCAACAGCUACAACAACAACAGGCGGGUUAUGGAACGAUCGCUUCUAGUGCUACCACGACGACAGCCACCAGCAAUGGAACAUCGGCUCCGCAGAACUACGAAGGAUUCACCACGAGAUACGAAACCCGUGUCUUCCAAACUGCCAGUAACACUAACGCAGCCCCUAAUAAUAACCUAAUGAAUGUCGAGCAGCAGUUCGCUAAACUAAACCUUGACCAGCACGAUCAGCAGCAACAGCUACAGCAUCACCAAUACAUGCAACAACAGCAACAGCACCAACACCACCAACAGCAACAGUUUAGCAGCAGCAGCAGCAGUAGUAACCAGCAACAGCUGCUGCAGCAAUAUCGCACCAGCCCACUAAAUAGUAGCACUAGUAGCCAUCAACCUCCUCAACCAAGUAGUAGCCUUAGUAACAAUGGUACGAUUAAUCUACUCGACAGUACCAGCGUCACCGCCGGCAGCACCAGCAGCAGCAAACAGGUAAUCACCAAAAAGAUCCACAUGACCUCGUCGUCGACGGUCAAAUCCUCCAGCAGCGAAUGGAAAUAAUCCGGACGUAGUCAGGUAAAUGUUGUUGUAGUGUUACGAUCUUGUGAUUAGCAAAUGUUCUAUAUUGUUGAAACUAGUUCGUGUGUAUUAUAAUGGUGGGGAUGUCGUAUCAAGAUUGUUGGCAACACUUCCACCGUUGCCGGUUUCCUUGAUAUGAUAGGUCUCCGUUAGUAGAAAGCGUAAACAUCCAAAAUGUGCCUGUUAUUUUUAUCACUGAACAAAAUAGAAAGUGUUAGAGACGCGAAAUGUUUGUCCCAAAUCGACUGUAGCUUCCGUAGCGUCGAGAAAGUUGUUGUUAACUCGAGCCUUAAACGUAGAAUCUAAGUGUAACGCCCGUAUUAAUUUCCCUGGGUUGAAUCAGCAGUGCCUCAUGAAACGAUUUUUAUUAACUUAACACAGAAGUGACUAACGUCGAAAGAUAAGAUUUUUCUUGAUAGUAGCAAAGAAAGUUUGUUUUAAGAGAGUAACUAUAUUCACAAAGUGCCACCAAAACGAUUUUUAACUUACACCAUAAAACUAAAAUGCAUAUAUUUUUAUGUGCACAUUCAAAUUUUAAAGAAUACACGAAAAGCAAGUUUUACAGCAGGUUUAUAUUUUUCCCGUAAAUAUAGUAUUGCCAAAAAAGUUUUCGAAACCACUGAUGUGCCUCUUCACCGGUGUAAGAGAUAAUAAUCGACAUAAAGUAUGAAUAUACAGAGAGUCUACUUACUAUUUUUGUUAGAACAAAAAAAUGCACAAGAAUAUACCCAAACACCGCCGUUUGCCUUUUUCAUAAAACACUACAAUACAAUUUUUGAAACUAACUUAAUCUAUUUGCCAACCGCUAACCGAGUGCCAUUCUCUUCGUUUGCUGUUGCAGAUAUUUGCAAGGCUUACUUAAAUUAUUACGCAAUUCGAAGAGAACAAAAUUCUUAUUUCAGUACAAUCGUACACUCGAUCGAACCCCGUUUUCAUACUUCUACCUAUAGAAUUCAAUUGCAAAAAGUAGACAGACCGAGACAAACGUCUUUCUAGCUUCUCUAACCGCGAAUAGGCAGAGCCAAAACACGUAGAUUAGGUGGUCACACCUACUGUAUGACACGCACACAUAACUAACAGUCAAAUUUCCGAAAAGUUCGAACAACGCGAUUGAGACUUUGCAAUAAAAAAAAACAUUUAAACCUUGAGAAAUAGCCAAUUUGUGACAUAAACCUUUUAGAAUACAGUAAUUAAACAAUAGCAGAUAGCCUGAAGUAAUCGUAACGAAUAACAGCGAAUAGAGAGUCGAAGUACAUACAGCAGGAGCUAAGUACAUAAGUAUUUUCUAAUUUAAAAUUGAAUCCAAAAUAUACAUGAAUAACCCCAAAAACGACGAAAUACGACGGAGUCAAACCGGAGCUUCCGAACGCACUAUAGUGGCUUUCACGUGAAGUGCUGCAACAUUAAUAUGAAAAUGGAUCGCACAAAACGUGUUGCAGCCUGGGUGGAAGCCGAAAGCUGAAUGUUUGAACCGAUUUACGGAAGAAAACGAGUAAUUUGUAAUUAAUAAAGUGCUUUUAAAUUCUUAGAA